AUGCUCUACAAAUCUCUUGCUCUGAUGGCGGGUGUUACCCUCGCUGUCGCCGAUACCACUGUCACCCUGUUCUUGCCCGGGUACGAUUCGUCGCAAUCUAUUGAGGCAAAGAUCCUUGGCUCGAGCAACUCUAUGACCACCUACGACUUGCAUUGUGCGCCCGAAGUAGGCACUGCACGCUGUGGAAUUCCCGCUACUGGCCUCACGGUGAUGGAGGGAGAGUCUACCUUUUCUCUUAACAGUACUAGUGGCAAAGUAACCUCCUUCCUAAACUGCCAAUUGGGAGGAACGACGACUGCCGACUGUGUUGCUGUCUACGUAAUGGGCACUUUUUCCAGCACCUCUCACAGAGCUGUCGAUCUCAGAACUGAAACUAGGGAUUUCUGGUUGCCUGUGCACGUUACCGCUUCCGAGAAUGGUGCUGCUUCGGCCACCACUGGUGCCUCGGCCUCAGCUUCCACGCCGAGUAUGACCGAUGCGUCAGCUGAGAGCACCACGGGCACUGCCUCUUCACUAAAUGCUGCCAUGCCGGCGAUCACUGGAAAUGCAGUCUGGGUGGCCGGGGGUGCUGCGGCUGCAAUAGCGAUGGCUGCGCUCUGA